AUGGUGAACAGCCUGGCUCUCUGGAGAAUGGGUGUGCUGCUGGCUGUGUUCUCCAUGUCCAUGCCCACCUCAGUGGUGGUGCAUGAGGGUCAGUCGGUCCAGAUGAACUGUUCUCACGGUGUGAGUGCAUCCGGGUAUAAGUCAUUCAUCUGGCUGAAGCAAAUCAACCAGACUCCUCCAGUGUGUGUCCUGACCAUCAACUACUACCAUGGGCCUGACAGCCAGAAAACAGCAUCCAUGAGGCCCACAGCACGCUACCACAACGGCUUUAGCAGCGCUAACGUUAGCUGGACUCUGAAUGCACUGACCUCCACGUCUGCGCUAGAGAUCAGAGAUGUGAGUGUGUCUGACUCUGGACUUUACUACUGUGGGAAGAGUGAAGAUGGAUGCAUGGACUUCCACAAUGUCACCUACUUAACCGUCACAGAUGAAUAUGAUGCUGAACUUCCAGACACAACAGAAGACGACCAGUUCUGCAGCUGGGAGUGUGGAACGGUGGUUCUAGUCCUGGGGGUUCUAAGUUCUGUUCUCAGUCUAGUGCUGGUCAUCCUGAUCCUGACCAAAUGCAGAGGUGGACAGAACUCAGCCUCUCGUCAUCAUACAGCAUCUACACCUGACCAGAUGCAGGAUUCAGACUCUCUGAACUAUGCUGCUCUGAGUGUCUGUGCCAGGAAGAAGAGAAGAAACAACUUACAGACCGACCACUCACAUGUGGAUGGUCAGUUCUGCAAUGGGGUGUGUGGAACCGUGGUUCUAGUCCUGGGGGUUCUCAGUGCUGUUCUCAAUCUGGUGCUGGUCAUCCUGAUCCUGACCAAAUGCAGAGCUGGACUCAGACAGAACACGGCUGUAGGGGCCCAGUGGGAGCUGUCCAGGGUGCUGAAGCUGUAA